CUGAAAGGGUCUGAUCCAGCUUUGGGUCGGAAAACAAGCAAAGCCACGGUCCCUCUGACCCACACUGACGCAGGUCUCUGCUGAAUAAGCUACAACUAAUUUCCUUCAAACCAUGGCUAUGGCCUCUUUGUUUUUAAACGCGGAUGAUGCCUCCCCAGCGGCUCUGACGGACCUGUGCCUCACCUAUGUGAGCCAGAACCUGGAGUGUUUCUGCGUGAAGCUCCCUGACGGCUCCUUGAGCUUCAGGGAGGCUGUCCUCUUCCCUCAGGAGCUGGCAGACCAGCUUCUGGCCAAGAUGGCCACUGAAGGCCUUCUGAACGACAGCACCGUUGGGGUGUUUAGGAGCUGUGAAUACCUACGGCUGAGACGAGCCUGCAUCCGCACGGCACGGAUCUCUGCCGAGGCGUUCCAGAAAGCUUUAUGCCCACACAGAUUGCUGGAGCUGGACGCUGCCAGGGUCAACGCGGACCUGACCAUUCCUGACAUACUGCAGGGAUUGGCUACCAAUAAAUACUGUCAGGAGUCUAUUCAGCGGUUAGUCUUAACCGGACUCACCAUGUCCUCUCUGGAGGAGCCCAACUGGUAUCGUUUCAGCACCCUGCAGGGUCUGCGCUCGCUCUCUCUAGCUAACGUGGACUUCUACGACUCCGGGCUUGUUGACGUUUGCUCCCUGCCUCGGCUGGAGAGCCUGGAUCUCUCCAACACCUCAGUCACCAACCUGAGCCCCCUGCUGGGCCUGAAGGAGCGGCUCCGCUCUCUAACGCUACACCAGCUGAAGAGGCUGGAGAUGAGCACGGCUCAGCUGCUGGGAGUCAUAAGCCAGCUGAAUGUACUGCAGCACCUGGACAUUAGCGACGAUAAGCAGUUUACCUCAGAUGUGGCCCGUCAGCUGCUCGCCCAGCCAGGGAUCCUCCCCGCCCUUGUUUCCCUGGAUGUCUCAGGGAGGAAGCAGGUGACAGAUACAGCUGUUCGGGCGUUUGUUGAAGAGAGACCCGGGAUGACCUUUAUUGGCCUGCUGGCCACAGACGCUGGCUUCUCCGACUUCCUCUCUGGAGAAGGAAAUCUUAAGGUAACUGGAGAAGCUAAUGAGACUCAGAUCUGCGAGGCAUUGCGUCGAUAUAGUGAGAGGGAGGGUUUCGUCAGGGAAGCCCUGUUUCAUCUGUUCAGCCUGACUCAUGUGAUGGAGAAACCGAGGCCAGACAUACUAAAGCUGGUAGUUUUGGGCAUGAAGAAUCAUCCAGCCACUCUAAACGUCCAGCUGGCAGCCAGCGCGUGUGUGUUCAACCUGACAAAGCAGGACCUGGCAGCAGGAAUGCCCGUCCGGCUGUUGAGUACGGUCACCCAGCUCCUCCUGGAGGCCAUGAGGACGUUCCCCAACCACCAACAGCUGCAGAAGAACUGCCUGCUGUCUCUGUGCAGCGAUCGCAUUUUACAGGAGGUUCCAUUCAACAGGUUUGAAGCCGCCAAACUGGUGAUGCAGUGGCUCUGCAACCAUGAAGAUCAAAACAUGCAGAGGAUGGCUGUGGCUAUUAUCUCCAUACUGGCUGCUAAGCUGUCCACAGAACAGACCGCCCAGCUGGGAGCAGAGCUGUUCAUUGUGAAGCAACUGCUGCACAUUGUGCGUCAGAAGGCGAGUCAGAAUGUGGUGGAUGCGACCCUGAAAUUUACACUGAGUGCACUCUGGAACCUGACAGAUGAAUCACCUACAACCUGUCGCCAUUUUAUUGAGAACCAAGGCUUGGAGUUGUUCAUUAAAGUGCUGGAGUCUUUCCCGAACGAAUCUUCCAUCCAGCAGAAGGUUCUUGGUCUUCUGAACAACAUAGCAGAAGUCAGGGAACUGCACGGAGAACUGAUGGUGCCGAGCUUCCUGGACCACAUCAGAACUUUGCUGCACAGCCCCGAGGUGGAGGUCAGCUACUUCGCCGCAGGGAUCCUCGCACAUCUGACGUCACGAGGAGAGAAGGCCUGGACGCUGAGCCCGGGUCUGCGGUUCUCAUUGCUGGAACAGCUGCACGCUGCCAUCAUGAAGUGGCCCCCUCCUGAGUGUGAAAUGGUGGCCUACAGGUCUUUUAACCCGUUCUUUCCCCUGCUGGAGUGUUUUCACACACCUGGUGUCCAGCUGUGGGCAGCCUGGGCCAUGCAACACGUGUGCAGCAAAAAUGCUUCGCGCUACUGCAGCAUGCUGCUGGAGGAGGGUGGCUUGGACCAGCUGGAGCACGUUCAUACGAACCCACAGACCCACAGGGAUGUCAAACUGCUGGCCGAAAGCAUCCUGGAGAGCCUGCAGCGACACAGAACCCGCACCGGCCAGCCGGCGCACACAAGUCGUCGUCCACCCCCGCAGUAACAUCACAUAGAAAACGGUGGUCCCUGAUGAAGAAGAGGACAUGAAAAGUGGUCUCGCCACAGAAAAGGGAGUAGUGUGAGAGUGCAUGCGUGGGCGAUUGUGAGGCCUAUCUCGCACACAAUAGCUCACGGAUUCCUUAAAACGACAACUGAGUAAAAGGCAGAGACAAUGCAAACCUUUGCACACACUAACAUUAUUUAUUUCCUUUGUGUUCGUUUCAAAACAAAUAUUUUCACGUGCGAGUCCUGUGAUGGAAAAUUAAAGUUGUGAUAAGCUGAGUUUGUAUUUGUGCUCGCUCUCAUCCGCCUGACUGUGGGGGAAGUAGAUGUUUUUCACGCCAGAAAACGUCGAGGAGCAUCAAACACCGGACGGAGGGGCCACUUUCGUUGGCCCCAACAAUGUUGCCAAGUUCUUUAUAGUCUGAAAAGGUGGAUGGAUCUUUAAACAUAUGCAUGACAUUGCAGAGAGCUCAAGCAUGCUGCUGUGAAUGAUUUUAUAAACGCCUGCACGCUUGAUUGUAGCAGAGCUCUGAGCACUAAAACCAUGCCUCUGGGCCUGCAGCACCCUCUGUAUUUACCUGCUGAAGCCUUUAGUAUCAUGUGACAGGAAACUUGAUAUAUGGGUCUAUUCCGAGGGUCGAAAUGUUUUACGAAUUACUGAUCAUUUAGAGCAAAUUUAUUUAAUCACUUGUAUCAGUAGACAAAACUGCAGAAAACUUGGAAGCAGAUUUUACUGAAAAUUUGAGUCCAUUUGUGCAAAUAUAUUCUUCUGGACACAAAUGGUAAUAAUGAUGUGGACGGAAUAGGAGUCCUCUUGUUGUUGUCCGUGGGAAAUGUGUGAAUAUAUCUACGUUUUGCUCCGCUUCCCGACGCGUCAGUCUUAAAAAGUUUAUCUUAUUUGUAUAUAAUAUACAAUGAGGGCAAAAUAGUUAUCUGCCAAGGAGGGAUUCAUUUGAAUGCAUGAAGAGUUGUUGGAAAAUUCUUUCUUUCCCACCCUAAAAUAGGAACCAUGAUUAAGAGGAAACUGCUGACCAUGUUAUAAUGUGACAUGCCAUACUAUGGUGGAUGCCUCUGCUGUCCUCAGGGUUCCUACACAUUUUCAAAAUUCCAUACUUCUCCAAACUUAGAUUUAGACUAGUUUUUAUAACAUUCUGGACAUUUGAGCUAAAGUAUGGAACUAUAGAGGGCUUUCUAUUGAUCAACACAGUUUUGGUUCAGCAUUGUGGAAAAGGCCCGUCUGCACCACCUUAAAGCAGCUCUAUUUUAAAUGCCUUGUAAAAUCAAUUGAGCUUCUUGUCAGGUUACAAACAAACUUCAGUAUGUUUUAUUGGGAUUGUAUGUUGCAUGGGUUUCAAACGUCUAUAAAUAAAAUCUAAAAAGUGUA